GUUGGCAAGCAAACCAAAUUGGCACUCGGGCGUGAUGUGAGAAUCGUUCUUAAUAUACUGCAUUAUAUCAUAACAAUUUGCGAUCAUUUAUUGGUUGGAAAUGGCAUUACAAAUGAUCUGUGAUAGUAGUAGUUGAUGUGAAGCUAUUGGCGGCCAUAGCGCAUAUCGCGUCGCAAUUUGAAGUUCAUUAUGCUUAAGAUUGCGUCGUCCCGUUUGUUCUCAUCGAGCGCUCAGCUUUGCGCCUCCUCGACAAAGGCUGCCAAAGUGCUUAACAAACUUAUGAAUGGCAGCAAAACGAAGAAAAAGCGUUACUACGAUGAAACCAACGACCAGGGACCGAAGCUGCUGCCGACCAAAUCGCUGGCCAGCGCCAAACGGCAGGGAAAGGAAUCGAACCGUCGCGUGGCGGUGCUGAACAAGCUGUUCAUGAAAAAUAUCACCGACCUGAUGGCAACGGGCUCCUUCGCCAGCGAUCUGUACGGCUACGGUAUACAGAUUUCGCGUGUCCGCGUGGCGUCCGAUUUCCGUGAAGCCAGCAUCUACUGGUUUUCGACCAAUCUCAACAGGGAUGUAAAAAUUGACGGCAUCCUUAAGCCGCUCUGUUCGCGAAUUCGUCAUGAAUUGUCGCAGCUACGGCUGAUGGGAGAAGUUCCGCAGCUUACGUUCGUGCAGGAUAAGCGAUACUACGUGGAAGGUUUGUUGAACAGUUUACUGAAGGAGGCAGAUUACGGCGAGGAGGACGAGGAUGUUGAGCAGGACGUUUUGCUGCCGAAGCCGGAAGAUCAACGUUUGUGUGAGCCCGAGAUGAGACACGAUAUACUUGGGCUUGAUCAUGCUCAAAUCAUGUCGCGUGUUCGCCAGUCCGUUGACAAAACGAACAAAGCGUGGAAAGCGCACCAGGAAGCGCAGAAGAAGCGGGACGAAGCUGCUGCUGCCGUACAGCAGAGGGCGAAUUCCGAGCAACUUGGAAGGACCGAAUGAUUUCUUUCACUUAAUUUGAUCCACCGGCAACUGGUCGGAUGUAGUAAUUACGGAAACUAGCCGCCAAAUGUUGUAGUAAUAAAGGUUUAUUAUUGAUAAUUUCAA